UCAGAGCUGCUGACAUAAUAUUUUAAUACGAACAAAAUGCGUUACAUAUUUUAUGUGCUGUGGAUGUGUCUCGCGGCGUUAAGUGUUUUUGCAGCAGAAAUUGCACAGUUGGAGGCAGCACGUAAAGCAGAAGAUUUACUUUCCGUGGACGCAGGAGUCCAACACAGCGAGGAAAACGCGCGCUCUGUGCGGCAGUUCGGUGGUGGAUUCGGAGGGCCAGGUGGCUUUGGACAAGGGGGCUUUGGCCAAGGUGGUGGAUUCGGAGGGCAGGGUGGCUUUGGGCAAGGGGGCUUUGGCCAAGGUGGUGGAUUCGGAGGGCCAGGUGGCUUUGGGCAAGGCGGAUUUGGCCAAGGUGGAGGAGGUGGCUUUGGUGGACCUGGAUUCGGAGGUGGUUUUUGAUGCAGGCGAGUUAUAAGAAGAAGUUUUUAUGGCUAGGGUUUUGAAGUGUUUUUUGUAAAAUUUAUACAA